UCGCCUCGAGACAGUUGCGACCGGGUUUGAUAACGCUGGAAGUCACCGCUAAUUUUCAACCCCGCGGCCCCACGCGUCUCCCUUCACUUACAACUUCCAUCACCGCGUAAAUUGUUCGCAUAACUUCGAUACUUAUCUCAAUUGCUUGCUGCACAUUUACUUACCCUUAAUCCAAUAGCGAAUAUCAACUCGUAAUCAUGCCGCCGCCGCCACCACCAGCCGGUGUCGUUAGAGACGAUAACGAGAAGCAACAAGCUGCCCAGCAGGCUGUUGAUAUCCUACACGAGAUAUCCACCAUCCUCAACUGCCAUCUCGACCGUCGCACACUAUCAAUCUGCAUCUCGAUGAUUGAGAAUGGCGUAAACCCGGAGGCACUCGCGAACGUCGUCCAAUUUCUGCGUAAGGAAGCACAAAAGGCCGAGUUUGCCCAGGAGACCGGUCGAUGAGAUGUGUUCUGUUAUAGAAGAGCAGCAUUGCCCUUGGGCAUCAUGCAUGGCCCGGUGAGGCACGGUGUCUGGAGUUUUACGUACCUAGUUUUGGCUCAUCAAGCAGCCUGGUCAAAUUGAUGCGAAAUGCAGU